AUGGCGGGGCUGGGAGGUCGCGGGCGAGCCAAGACUCGAGAGCGUGAGGGGGCGGAGGAGCCCGAGGACGCCGCGGGCCGGAGGGCGAGCGCAGGAGGCUGGGACCGUGCAAGACGGGAAUCUGCGGGCAGUUACCUCCGCCAGGGCCUGGCCCGUCCGAGGCUGGGAAGGCGCGACGAGGCUGAGAUGAAGGAGGGCGACAGAGACGGGCGGAGCUGCCCGCCCCGACGCGAGCCUACGCCUUGGCGACGGCGGAGGGCGGGGAAGGGACGCGGGCGAGCGCCGCCAGUGCGCCUGCUCCGAGCCGGCUGGGAGCGCGGGCGGGAGGCUGGAGGCGUUCCCCAGUCCUUCUCUCCGCCGGGUCACCCGGGGUUCCCGCCCUUGUCCUCCCAGCGGUCCUGCGCCUCCGCUGCCUCCCCGCCUGCGUCCCUUCUUGAUGCUUUUGAACUGUGGUGA